CCAGCCGUGAGUCACGGCCGUGACGCAGACAGAGAGAAGGACAAGGCGCAGCAUCCUCUCCAUCCUCCAUAGCACAAGAACGACUGACAAAAGAGGGGCGAAGAAAUCGCGAUUUUGAGGCUUGUUAUCAGGCCCAAUCACAUAAACAGAAUGACUAAAGAGGAAACUUCUGAGGUGGAAGAGGCCCAGCCGGCCUCUGAGUUCAUCAGCCCUGUUCAUGAACCCCGCAAGAAACCCAUGGUGCAUCCUUCUGCACAAGCUCCACUGCCCAAGGACUAUGCAUUUACCUUCUUUGAUCCAAAUGAUCCGGCCUGCUUGGAGAUUCUCACAGACCCUCGGACCACCAUCCCAGAAUUGUUCGCCAUUAUUCGCCAAUGGGUUCCACAAGUUCAACACAAGAUCGACAUCAUAGGCACUGAGAUUUUAAAGCGAGGCUGCCAUGUGAAUGACCGUGAUGGCCUGACGGAUAUGACUCUUCUCCACUACUGCUGCAAAGCAGGAGCUCACGGAGUGGGUGAUCCUGAGGCAGCGCUCCGGCUGUCCAAUCAGCUGCUAGCUCAGGGAGCUGAUGUGAGUCUGCGCAGUCGUUGGACCAACAUGAAUGCCCUACAUUAUGCAGCUUACUUCGAUGUACCAGAACUGAUUCGUGUUUUGCUCAAAGGCUCCAAGCCUAAAGUGCUUAACUCCACCUGCAGUGACUUUUAUCAUGGCACAGCCCUGCACAUCGCCGCCUCCAACCUCUGUCUCGGUGCUGUCAAGUGUCUACUGGAGCACGGAGCCAAUCCUACUGUUAGAAAUGAUAAGGGUCAAGAGCCUGCUGAGGUUGUCCCUGACCCCAUGGACAUGAGUCUGGAUAAAGCUGAGGCUGCCAUGGUGGCUAAAGAGAUGAAACAGUUGCUGCUGGACGCAGUGCCUCUCAGCUGUAACCUGCCCCGUGCCACACUCCCAAACUAUGACAACAUCCCCGGCAACCUCAUGCUCUCCUCUCUGGGCCUCAAACUAGGGGACCGUGUGGUGCUGGAUGAAACAAAGACUGGCACCCUCCGUUUCUGUGGCACUACUGAGUUUGCUAGUGGGCAGUGGGUUGGUAUUGAGCUGGACGAGCCGGAGGGCAAGAAUGAUGGGAGUGUGGGUGGUAUCCGCUAUUUCAUUUGCCCCCCAAAACAAGGCAUCUUCGCCCCUGUGUCAAAAAUCAGCAAAGCUCUUGAGCAGACCCCCUCUUCAGUCACCUCAACCCCAAAAACCCCUCGCAUGGAUUUAUCUCGCAUAACCGGCAAGAUCAAAAAAGAAAAAAAAGAGAAAGAACGUGAAAAGACUCCAAGAAAGAAGUCUCUGUCCGGGGUCAGUUUGGAUCCCGAUGGAGUCAAUGUUGAGGUUGGGGAUCAGGUUUUGGUGGCGGGCCAAAAGCAAGGGAUCGUCCGAUUUUUUGGCAAGACAGACUUUGCACCCGGAUAUUGGUUUGGUGUGGAGUUGGAGCAUCCCACUGGAAAGCAUGAUGGCAGUGUGUUUGGAGUACGUUACUUCCACUGUUUGCCCAAAUAUGGGGUUUUUGCACCACCAUCCCGUGUUCAGAGAAUUGCAGGGCCCAAAGAUCCUCAGGGUGAUGGGACCCUACAAAAGAAAGUCCACCAGGUGACUAUGUCCCAGCCGAAGCGUAAUUUUAAUGCGAUGCGAUCUCCGAAAGACAUAACAUCUGAAAGUUCCAUAUCCAGCAGGUUGCUGUUCUGUUGCUGGUUUCCUUGGAUGCUCCGUGCAGAGAUGCAGACUUAAAUCCACUGGUUACAUCUUUAAUUAUAUCUCCCUCCUCUUUCUGUUCCUCCUCAAGAUAAAUUCUCACUCACUCUGUGUACUACCAAUAUUCAUAUGUGCUUCUCUUCGUGAACUACCCAGGCUGCUGUCCUGCCCCUUUGACAGCAAUCCAAUAGCAAAAAAAUAGUGCCUUGUCAAGUAACUAACGUCCUGCAUUCCGAUGAUUGAAUUAUAGAUGAACAAUCUUUUAUGAAAUCCAAAUCAUUCCUACUAAAAGCCAUUCAUAUCUCUCUUUCAGCUUAUACAGUCAUAAUACACAAACAAAAUAGGCUUGUAUGUCUAUUUUAAUUUAUAAAGGAGCUUUUUUGUUUUGUUUUUAAACAUGCUGCUGUAUUAUGCACCUUUACUGUCUUACUUUACAGUAUUUUAUUGUAUACAUACUGUGUUUUCUUACAUUUCAAAUGCCUUUAAAUGGACUAGUAGGUGACAUAUUAUUAUUAGUGAACAUCUGAAAACAUAAAAUAUUUCAAUGUACCUGUAGUCUGAAAAUAUUGAUGCGGCCAAUGUGAAAAAGAGGGUUUUUGCCAUUGGAGCCCAAUGCUUUCUUCAUCUACAGUGAAAAUGUAAGAGUAUAGCUUAAAAUAUAGAAUAUGUUGCAUGAAAUAAGCAGGCAUGGGCACGUUUUUAGGUCAUAAACUGCUCUGAAAUUAGGUGAGAUGCCUUGCUUUAGAUAUUAUAAGCUAAUAAAUCACAUUUCAUUAAAUUCAAAUCAACCACAAAACCAAAGUGCAAGCUUCAUGAUAUAGCAAAACUUAAAUAAUCUCUUACUUAAAAGUACAGUUCAAGAACAGCAUGAAUAAUGCAAGUCUUGAAAGGAGGCAUUCUUGACAUUUCAUAAAAAAACGAGGUGGCAAUUAAUGGAUUUGUCUAUUUUAUAAACCCAAAUAAAAUACGAAUCACAAUCAUGUUUCUCUAACCCCCCAAAAAACAAACGAAACCAAUUAUAGUUCAUCUAGUACAGUUUAUAUUUGAACAUAAAUUCUCAUCUAUCAUCUACAGUCUAAUGUAUAAAAGCUAAUAAGCCAGACUACCUAUUUCUUCUCUCUCCCUCCAUCAGAUUUACUUGGAUCAGUUUUGUAAAUGCUGUUCUUUAAAAUCCUGAUUGUGAAAACAAUAUGUGCUUAUGAUAUCGUCAUCAAGUGUGUGGGUAAUAAUAGCAGUAUUUACUCUGUGUCAAUAUCCUAUAUGAAUAUGGAUAGAAACUCUGUCUACUUUAUUACCACCUGGAAGUACAGCAUGAUUAAAAGUGUCUGUCCCUUACAAUAGGGGUACAAUAGGUAAUAUCACUAUUAUGAUCCCAGAGCAGGCAGAUUUUUUUUUUAAGGAGAGAAAAAAAACAACAACAGCUCGGCUUGUGCACUCUUCUUUCUUGUGAACACUUGGUCAUCUGUACUGAUUUACAAAAAAAGAGCAACUUGCAGAAUUGAAAAUGCACUGCUUGAGCAGGUCUGGACAGCUUUUGAUUUCUUCAGCCACCAUGCCAUUAUUUCAUUAAAGAACAACUGAAUCUGUAUGGUAGUUUUAGCUAUGUCAUUGUAAUGAGUAGUGAACCUUCUGAUGGAGUGCAAAGGUCAGCUCACAACAAACCUUAAACUGUGCAUUAUUAUUUUGUGACAUAGAGUACAGUAUAUUGCUUUAUGGUGACUUAAAGUUGUAGAAAUCAUCAAUAUGUCACUGUUAUUCACCUUCAUUUCACGACAAGUCACAUUCUGUUUUUUGAUGCCAAAAGGAGAGUUAAAGGAUGACUGUAAAUUGACAUAUGUUAGUAUCUUGCACUGAGUGGCUCACCCUCCACGCUUUCAGAGAGUUUCAGUGUGACCUUUAGCAUUGCCGGCAAAGCUUUCUGUUGUGUAAUUGGUAUAGUUCAUUUGUAAACAUUUGUUUAUUUGUCUGAGAAAAUAUAUAUUUUAAUAAUUUCACAAGGUACUUUUUUAACGUCCUUUGUUUUGUGUUUUCAUGUUAACUAUACUCUCUGUAAAUCAGAUUAAUGUGGAUCUUAUAAUGAAUUCAGUUUUGGAUUUGAUGGACAAUAUAACUGUACUGCAUGCUGUGUAUACAUCUGCAGGUUUCUUUUUCCUACAGUAUAUCAGCAUGAAAAAGCUAUUAAAGUGGAUAGAGUAAGUGAAACUCUAUCCUGAGUAUGGAUAUAUGACUAAUAAACAUUAGUGUUUUAUAGGCUACUUA